AUGCUGGCCUCGGCAAGGGGGUUCUGGGCGCGGCACCGCCGGAAGAUCCUUGUCUCCCUGGGCGUCGCCGGGGUGGGGUACGCCGCCUACCGCUUCUACGACGCGCGCCGUGCCCAGCUCGUGCGGGUCCAUCAGCUGCGCGCCAUGGAGGAGCGGGCCGCCGAGGACCUUGUCAAGAACCAGCUCCAGGCACACUUUGAGAAGGUGAAGAGGAUCUGCGACACUACCACAUUGCCUUUGGCCAUGCAUCAUCUCAGUGAUAAGAUAACGAGUGAGCUGGAUAUUUCGAAAUUGACUGACAAGCUACGGCGAGGGAAGGUAGACUCAAGUGCGCUGUCACCAAAGGAGAAGUAUGAUACUUGGGAGGAGAUUAAAAUUAAGAGUUUCACAAAGACAGUUUCUUCAAUGUGGGCAAUGACAUUGCUUAGCUUGUAUGUUAGAGUUCAGGUCACCAUCUUAGGCAGGCAUCUCUACUUAGAUAUUGCCCGGGGUACCAAUGGUGCACAGUUACAGACAGAAUCUGACACCUUUAGUGAAAAUGGACACAAGAGCUUCCUUGCAAUGGCUGAUUAUCUUGUCACUGACAAAAUCACUGCAUUCAUAACGCAAAUGCAACGCGCAGCAACAGAAGUCCUAAAAGAGAAGCAACUGAAAGACCGAAUGAACAUGGACCAAGUAUUGCAGACAGUAUUACAAAUACUGGACAUGUUCAUGGGUCUUUGUCAAGAUAACUCAUGGAUAAACUAUCUUGUGCCUGAGAAUCCCCCUGUUUAUGCACAAUUGAUGGCUGUGUCCAGUAGUGGCUUUGAUGAUUCAUCACUCCUAAACGAUUUCAGAAAGCUAGACCAACUAAUGUCUGAGACACGAAUAGUACUGGCAAGUGAUGAUUUCAGAAAUAUCAUGGAGAGGUCAUUGAGGAAGAUUGCGGAAGUGGUGGUAGAGGAUCUGGGUGUGCAGAUUGUAACUCCAGGAUCGGGAUUGCCCUUAGCAACGCUCUUGCCCAAAGUUGGUCACCUGAGUUCCCCAUUGCUUGAGGAGCCAAACAAGAACAAACACAUUCAGAUCAUCCGAAGUAUGCCUGAAGUGGAACUCUUCUACACAUUCCUCUACGCAAACAUGCCACCAGAAACAUAA